CCACCGGCGCACAUUAUUUGACAGUUGAAGGUUGCAUAGUUAGCAACUUCACUAAUAGCGAGUCUUGCGCCUGUCCCUUAUAAGUUGCAUCUCUAACCUAUGUCAUCAACUAAUGGCCAAAUAUGGACUUCUGUCAGCACUAGCGGUAUACUUUUAUCACGUACAGACGCUCGUUAUCGUUCUUUGCCUAAUCCUCGCGAGAGGCACGCACUCCUGUACUACGCGCCAGCACCAGCAAAUGGUAGUAAAAUCCCGGGUGGUCCAUGGUGAGCGGCUGAGGCCAGACCGUAGACAGUCGAGCAUUGCCAAACGUCUGUCGAUUGUCGCUGGUGGCACUCCAACAAGAAGUUCUGUAGGAUGCAUAUCCAUCAUUGUCGCAUGUACACAUCGUAGACUCCAUCUUUCGCGUAUAACUGCCUUUGUAAAUCUGGAUUGCUUCAUGCAGUGGGGCUAUGAUGGCUAUGUCAUAUUUGCACACAUAGGGUUAGAAAUAGAUGGGAGAAGAGACCAGCUGGGCAGUCUGUCCAGUUGUUGCGGUGUGUAACGCUAUCCAUGUAUCUGCUUGGUAUAGAGUAGUGGCGAAUUAAUUGAUAGCCUUAAC